AUGGGGCAGUUCAACGGGCCCGCCGGCAUGGAUAUGGCUAAUCUCCCGCAUGACGAUGUUUCGCAAGCACUCACCAUCACAUCCGGCGUUCUAUCCGUGCUGGCGGUGCUGCUGGUCGCCGGGAGGGUCUACGGAAGGGCGGUGCUGUUGCGGAUCUUCUGGUGGGAUGAUUUCUGCAUGCUCGUGGCUACGCUGGUUGCUGUUACGAUGACUGCCUGCGCGUUCAGAGGUGCCUCUUUCGGGGUGGGGAAACAUAUGUGGGACUUUGAUGGUGACCGAAGUAGGACCAAGAUCUUUAAACUUACCUACGCCUUCACGGCACUCUACGUCGUGACGCUCGGCUUCUCUCGGGCAUCCAUCCUACUACAGAUCACGCGGCUCGUACCGAUGUCGCGAAUGCGGCUUGUCAUCUGGUGCAUCUUCGGCUUCUCGGUAUCUUUCUCGAUCGCCGUCUUCUUCGCCAGCGUCUUCGUGUGCUGGCCGAUCACAUAUGCCUGGGCGCCUCCUGCCGCCCGCGGGGACCGCUGCGUGAACUUUCCCUUGCUGCAGAUGGUUAUGGCCGUCGUUAGCAUCCUUGUGGAUGUCGUUGUAUGGUUGGCUCCACUGAGGUUGAUCUGGAUGAUACGUUUGCCGGUGAGAAGGCAGAAGGUCGGGCUCGUGAUCGUGUUCAUGAUUGGCGGACUUGUCUGGAUCGCUGCCAUCACCCGCCUAGCAUACGGCUCCAGGGCUAGGAAUCUGCUGGCUUACAGGCACGAUUCAUCAUACCACACGGCAAUAAUGUUCAUGUGGUCCAACAUCGAAGCGCACGUCGCGAUCACCUGCAGCACGAUACCGACUCUGCGGCCGAUAAUCCGGCGCUUCUUCCCGAACAUCCUCGGCGCGAGCUCCCACUCGAACAGCAAUGUCAGCGCCGCUAUCCGCAACUCCCGCAUCCAACUGCGAAGAUCCUCCGCCAUCAUGGAUAACCGCCGAAGUCCCAUCAUAGAGUCCGAAUACGAGUCGACCGAGGAAAUUGUCCCCGCGAAGCCAGCAAAAACGAGCAUUAGCGACGGCGACGGCGGCGGGCGGAGCCAGAGUUCAACAGAUUCCGAAUUUCCGUCGGAACAGCAUACCCCACCCUCCCCCCCUCCUCACAGCAUCCCGCAAGAUGCGCCCGGGGUUUGUAGGAGUACAGAAACGGGUUACAAUUUUAAGAGAAGGCUCGAAGAGGCAUGA